ACGCCAGUCAGGUUUUUUGCCAUGCUCUAGCGCGCAAGUGCAAGUGCGCAGGCGCAUUCGCACGGGGGAGCCCAUAGCUCGCAAGCUCCGGGAGUGCUCAGUGGUACCAGAGUCCCCCGCACGAGCCAGGCAAGGCGCAGCGUUACCAUGAGCUUCUCCGUCCCGCCGAAAGAUACCCAUCCUGACUUUUUCACUUGUGCGACGAUCCUCCACGAAGCGUGCGACCCUGACCGACGCCUCCCGGACGCAGAAUGCACGGGGGAAAGAGAGGGCUGGUGGCACCCCAGAAUACUUUUUUGGAGAAUAUUGUCCGGCGAUCAAGUGAAACCAGUUUCCUCCUUGGGAAUGCCCAGAUUGUGGAGUGGCCCGUAGUGUACAGUAAUGACGGAUUCUGCAAGCUGUCAGGCUACCACCGGGCUGAAGUCAUGCAAAAGAGCAGCACCUGCAGUUUUAUGUAUGGCGAGCUGACGGACAAGAAGACAAUAGACAAAGUCAGGCAGGCCUUUGACAACUAUGAGUCCAACUCCUUUGAAAUACUGCUCUACAAGAAGAAUCGAGCGCCGGUGUGGCUCUACAUGCAGGUGGCCCCCAUCAGGAAUGAGAAUGAUAAGGUGGUGCUCUUCCUCUGCACCUUCAAGGACAUCACUGUCUUCAAGCAGCCCAUCGAGGACGAGUCCACCAGAGGAUGGACUAAGUUCGCCCGGCUGACGCGGGCCCUGACCACCAACCGGGGCACCCUUCAGCAGCUGGCUCCUAUGAACAAGACCGAGGUCACGCACAAACACUCACGACUGGCCGAGGCUCUCCAACUGGGCUCAGAGAUCCUGCCCCAGUACAAGCAGGAGGCCCCCAAGACGCCGCCCCACAUCAUCCUGCACUACUGCACCUUCAAGACCACCUGGGACUGGAUCAUCCUCAUCCUCACCUUCUACACCGCCAUCAUGGUACCGUACAACGUGUCCUUCAAGACCAAGCAGAACAACCUGGCGUGGCUAGUGGUGGACAGCGUGGUGGACGUGAUCUUCCUGGUGGACAUCGUGCUCAACUUCCACACCACCUUCGUGGGGCCCGGCGGCGAGGUCAUCUCCGACCCCAAGCUCAUCCGCAUGAACUACCUGAAGACCUGGUUCGUCAUCGACCUGCUCUCCUGCCUGCCCUACGACAUCAUCAACGCCUUCGAGAACGUGGACGAGGACCCUAUCUCUGACUCUCCUGGUGUGGGUCACCUGCCAGCAGCUGCCCAUUCAGCGCGGAACGCCACGCGAGCGGACGACUCCGUGCUACCGGGUCUCAGCAGCCUGUUCAGUUCCCUGAAGGUGGUGCGUCUGCUGCGUCUGGGCCGUGUGGCCCGCAAGCUGGACCACUACCUGGAGUACGGGGCGGCCGUGCUGGUGCUGCUGGUCUGCGUCUUCGGCCUGGUGGCCCACUGGCUCGCCUGCAUCUGGUACAGCAUCGGAGAUUACGAGGUCAUCGACGAGGCCACCAACACCAUCAAGACGGAUAGCUGGCUCUACCAAUUGGCGACCAGCAUCGGCACCCCGUACCGCUACAACGCCACUGGCUCGGGCACAUGGGAGGGCGGCCCCAGCAAGGACACGCUCUACAUCUCCUCGCUCUACUUCACCAUGACCAGCCUCACCACCAUCGGCUUCGGCAACAUAGCGCCGACUACGGACGGGGAGAAGAUCUUCUCCGUGGCUAUGAUGAUGGUCGGCUCUCUUCUCUACGCCACCAUCUUUGGUAACGUGACCACCAUCUUCCAGCAGAUGUACACCAACACCAACCGCUACCACGAGAUGCUCAACAACGUGCGGGACUUCCUGAAGCUCUACCAGGUGCCCAAGGGCCUGAGCGAACGUGUCAUGGACUACAUCGUGUCCACAUGGGCCAUGUCCAAAGGCAUAGACACAGAGAGGGUCCUCUCCAUAUGUCCCAAAGACAUGCGGGCUGACAUCUGCGUCCACCUGAACCGGCAGGUGUUCAACGAGCACCCGGCGUUCCGGCUGGCUAGCGACGGCUGCCUGCGCUCUCUGGCCGUGGAGUUCCAGACGACGCACUGUGCGCCCGGCGACCUCAUCUUCCACGCCGGGGAGAGCGUGGACACCCUCUGCUUUGUCGUCUCGGGCUCUCUUGAGGUCAUCCAGGAUGAUGAGGUCAUCGCCAUCCUCGGUAAAGGCGACGUGUUUGGGGACGUGUUCUGGAAGGAGUCGUCGCUGGCGCACUCCUGUGCCAACGUGCGGGCGCUGACCUACUGCGACCUGCACGUGAUCCGCCGGGAGCCUCUGCUCAAGGUGCUGGAGUUCUACACCGCCUUCGCCAACUCCUUCUCCAGGAACCUCAUCCUCACCUGCACCCUGAGGAAACGGAUCAUCUUCCGUAAGAUCGCGGACGUGAAGAGGGAGGAAGAGCACCGCCGCCAGCACAAGAACGAGGUGACGCUCUCCAUCCCCGUGGACCACCCCGUCAGGAAGCUCUUCCAGAAGUUCAAGCAGCAGAAGGAGACGCAGAUACGGAGCCCGGGCUCCCUGGAUCUAGAGCGCAACCAGUUCCAGGUGGAGCACCAGCUGCAGCCCCUCACCCAGCACCUCCAUCGCCACCACCAGCAGCAGCAGCAGCACACUUACCAGAUCCAUCACCCUCUCCAGCACCAUCACAGCCCCUUGCUGCAGAACGGGGCACCAGGGAUCGUCGGUGGAGGAGGAGGAGGAGGAGGAGGAGGGGUUGGCGGCAAUGGCAGCUCCAGCGUGGUGACCGUGUCGCAGAUCACGCCGCUGCAGAGCUAUGUGACCACGGAGACGGAGACCAGCGAGCCAAUGGGCAGGCUGGGGGGCCACGAGGCCCUGGAACUCAAGCCCAGCCUGGGUGCGCUUCAGGCGGGCGACACGAGCUGCAUGAAGGUCUCUAGUCCGGUGAGGCCCAGGAUUGGGGGCGGAGGUCGGGGCUGGGGGCGCUUUAAGAGCGCGGUGGGGGUUGAAUCGAGCGAAUCGCCGUCACUGAGGGUGGAGGUGGAGGUGGAGGUGGAGGAGGAGGUGGAGGUGGCGGAGGCGGGCAGGGACAUGGGCCAGGGAAUGGUGGCCAUCAGUAACGACAGAAAUGGUGGCAAUGGUGGCGGUGGCGGUGGCGGUGGUGGGGGUGGCGAUGGGGACGGAAGCGGGAGCGGAGUCGACGGGGACGAGAAGAGCGCCCUGCACAAGACGGACUCGUGCGACAGCGGCAUCACCAAGAGCGACCUGCGCAUCGACCGCGUGGGCGACGCGCGCAGCCCGUACGAGCGCAGCCCCAUGGAGAGGAGCCCCAUGGAACGCAGCAUCUACGACCAGCUCAGCCCCAGCGGACCCGGCAGCCUGCUACCAGUAACCCGCGGAGGCAUCCAUCCCUUCCAGUCGGGGGCCGAGCAGGCCCUGCUCCACUCCUCUCUGCAGGAGGCCAAGAGCGAGCUGAAGGGCGACAUCCAGACGCUGAACGGCCGCAUGGCCGCGCUGGAGGCCCAAGUGGCCGAGAUCCUCAGGCUGCUGUCGGACAGCCGGGGGCGGCGGCGGCCGGCCUCCUCCUCGCAGUCGCCACCCCCCUCGCCGCGCUCGCCGGCCUCCGACACACAGUCGUCCACCUCCACCACGCCCACGACCAAAACCACCAGAUGCCAGGACCUCUUUACUGUCUCGAGGCCUGGGUCGCCGGACCCUGGGAUGGAGGAGGAGGAGGUGGAGGUGGAGGGGGAGGGGCCCUUCUGA